CCCUUUAGAAUCUGUACCCACAUACGGAUCUUUAGCUUUUAAGCAACUUUUUAUAAUCUGUCCCUACAGACUUUUAAUUUGUUUUAUUUAAAAAUUCAGGAAAAACUUCCCAAUGAUUUAGUAGCUUAAGUACUGAGGAAGAAAGUAAGUAGCUUUCGAAAUACGUAUUUACUAACUAUUAAAAUAUAUUGUAGUAGGAGCAAGCUACCUAGUUUUAUUUUUAUUUAGUCUAUAAAAUUCUAUUUCGUUUGACUUUUGUAAGUGGACGGACGUAAUUUCUAGAAUUUAAAAUGAAAAAGUUGAGUGUAGAUGAAAAGGAAAAAUUUAUAAAGAUUUUAAAAGAAAAUAGUGCUGUGUGGGAUUUGUCCGAAGCAGGGCAUCGAAAAAGUACGGUAUUGGCUGCCGCUUGGGAGAAGAUUUCCAAAGAAAUGAAAAGACCAGGUAAUACAGUUUUAUGGAAAAGUUGGUGUAGGCAUUAUAUUUGUGCUUUUAUUACAGUUGCGGAAUGUAAGACCAUUUAUAGAUCUUUUAAAGAUUUAGCACGUUAUAGGGGAAGGAAAAAACAGUGCCAAAAAUCCGGCAGUGAGCUAAUUCAAGAUGAAAGUGAAUCUCCCGAAACUUCGAUUGGCAAUGAAGAAGAUUGUGCAGAAUUUUCAGUUUGUUUGGAUUUUUUGCAGCCGAAUUCGUCCAAAAGAAGGACUUUUUCAACAAGCACAAUAGCCACCGAGGAGGAUGUUUCGAGCCCUGCAUCAGAUGGUUCGCAGUACAAUUUCAAUGCACAGUGUUCUUCAUCAUCGCAGACAUUAAAACCUGCUACCGACUUGACGAAAGUUAUUUCCGAUAUGAUAGCAAUCAAAAAAUCAAAACUCGACGAGCCGAAAUUAAAAUAUAUGUCUAUGCAUGCCAACCUCGACCGACUAUACUGCCAAUUGCCCGCCGACGAAGUCGAAAAAUUAAAUCACGAGUUUUUUUAAUAAAACUUUUGAAAGGGUUAUGGCCCAUAAAAACAACGGAAAUUUAUAGAAUAAACUAGAAUAUGUGUUACAUGAUAAAUAAAUAAAUUUGUGUUUGAAAAAAUGUAAUCUUUUAUUGUACGAUCAACUUUUUGAUGUAAUUCUCACAAAAAAUUUACAAAUUUU